GGAAAGGAAGCAAGCAACGACUGGCCGCUUCGACCCACACCGGUCGUCGUCUUCCUCCGACCACCGUCUCCCAUUAAAAGCCCCCCAUUCCACCUUCCUACUGCCCUUCGGUUUCGCCUCUGACUUCGCGAUCCCGCUCUCCGAACGGUUCCCACUCGAUCGAGCAGGUGCAGACGAGCUACUUCUGGGAAUCAUUUUUGAGUGUUUUGGGACUUUGGAUUGUUUGAAGUGGUGGAAAAAAUUGAGUUUUGGGUCGUAAAAUUGGGUGGAUUCUAGGAUUGUUUGAAGAAAGUUCUGGGCUUUUGGUUGUUGACUCGACAACAGAUGGCGGACGGUUCGAAGUUUGCUGGGUUUAUGGGUGGUGGUGGCGGUGGAAAUGUUGUCGGAAACGGCUUCUACGAUAUGGGGUUUUAUCGGAAGCUUGACGAGGUUUCCAACAUGUCCGUAGAUAGUGUUGGAAGCCUGCAGACGAGUACCGGUGGUGGAUCCGUUGCCAUGUCAUUGGAAAACAGCAGUGUCGGAUCGAACAACUCGAGAACUGGAAUACUGCAUCACACCGGACUCCGCCUGUUCUCGGUGGGGCACAGCGUGCUGCGACCCGGCAGGGUGUCUCAUGCUAUGAAUGAGGAUGCAUUGGCUCAGACCUUGAUCGACCCACGAUAUCCCACGGAGUCUCUCGAGAACUAUGAUGAGUGGACCAUUGACCUCAGGAAGUUGAGUAUGGGGGUGGCCUUUGCUCAGGGUGCUUUUGGGAAGCUCUAUAGGGGCACUUAUGAUGGAGAAGAUGUCGCAAUUAAGUUGUUGGAAAAGCCAGAGAAUGACCCCGAGAGGGCCCAGUUGAUGGAGCAGCAGUUUGGGCAGGAGGUUACGAUGCUUGCAAAUCUCAAGCACCCAAAUAUUGUCAGGUUCAUUGGGGCAUGCAGGAAGCCAAUGGUGUGGUGCAUUGUGACAGAGUAUGCCAAAGGUGGAUCAGUCCGACAAUUCCUCAUGAAAAGGCAGAACAGGUCGGUGCCUCUCAAGUUGGCCGUCAAGCAAGCACUAGAUAUUGCUAAGGGUAUGGAGUAUGUGCAUGGGUUGGGAUUCAUACAUAGGGAUCUUAAGUCUGACAAUCUUCUUAUAUUUGCUGACAAAUCAAUUAAGAUUGCUGACUUUGGGGUUGCCCGCAUUGAGGUCAAACCUGAGGGAAUGACCCCUGAAACUGGAACUUAUCGAUGGAUGGCUCCGGAGAUGAUACAGCACAGACCUUACAAUCAGAAAGUUGAUGUUUAUAGCUUUGGCAUCGUUCUGUGGGAGCUUAUAACGGGGAUGCUCCCGUUUCAGAAUAUGUCUGCCGUGCAGGCAGCAUUUGCUGUUGUGAACAAAGGAGUACGCCCGGUUGUACCACAAGAUUGCCUCCCUGCACUUGGCGAGAUCAUGACCCGCUGCUGGGAUGCUGACCCCGAUGUACGCCCCUCGUUUUCUGAAAUUGUCAGGAUGCUCGAAAGUGCACAAGAAGAAAUUAUGAAUACUGUUCGUAAGGCACGUUUCCGCUGUUGCAUGCAACCAAUGACCAUUGACUGAGAAGGGUGGCAAGUAGAUGAAUCAGAGGAAGUUGUUGAAAUGUGGAUUUGGUCGAUUCACCUUUAUAAGAAGGUUACAGUUCAUAACAUCCUCAUGGAAAUUCUAAUGCUACCAAGUGAGACAGGUUGUUCCCUGUCUUUUUCUGAACAUAGAUAGUUCACCUUGUUGUUGUAUAGGUACAGAUGACAAUUGCUAGCUUAAGGUCCUACAUCUAGAUUGUCUGCUUGACUCAGGUUUGCAACUUGCGGAAAUCAUGAUAGCUUCCAUAUGCUGUACUACUGAAACACAAAACCAGAUCGUUCCUAUAUUUGUGUAUUCUGUGUUUACCUGCGACGUUUUCUUCGGUUUGUCCGAUCCAUAAGGCGACAGUCAAGUUUGUUUAGGUUGUAGUUGAUAUUAUUUUGAAUGAAUGCAAUGAGAAGCAAUGUGGAGGUUCUGAA